AAUUCUUGCGUUUGUUUUGAUUGGAAAAGAAAUGAAAAAAUGAACUGAUCAACAUCUUAAUCAUUUCUAAUUUUACUUGUUUAUUAUUGUUCGGGUCAAUUUUCGUCCAAUCUAAUUACUACUGUAACAUCUUCCAACUGUCAAUAGAACAUUAUGACUUCUCUAUUAAGCCUACUCAAUAUUGGACGAACUCUUGGUGGCAGAUCAACACUUACCUUCAUUAAAGGUCAUCAAUCUGCUUGUGGCUUGUUAAAUAAUGUAACUGAUCGUCGAACUGAUAAACAACAGGCCCGUGGAGCCCGUCAAUGGUUUCCAGAUAGACAAUGGUACGAGGAAAUGCAUUCACCAAUCGGUAUUCCUGUCGAUUUACCAGAACUGGAAUGGGUCCCUAAAGAACAGCCAUGGAUUAGGCCUAAACCCUAUGAAAAAGUGAUACAAAAUACAAGGUUUAAUUUUGGUCCUCAACAUCCCGCUGCUCAUGGUGUACUUCGGUUAAUUUGUGAAGUCGAUGGAGAACAAAUUAUUCGUUUAGAUCCACACAUUGGACUUCUCCAUAGAGCAACUGAAAAACUGAUUGAAUACAAAACAUACACUCAAGCCUUACCCUACAUGGAUCGUCUUGAUUAUGUUUCCAUGAUGGUUAAUGAGCAAUGUUAUUCUCUAGCAAUUGAGAAACUUUUAAACAUGGAGAUACCCAAAAGAGCUAAAUAUAUUAGAGUUUUGUUCGCAGAAAUUACCCGUUGUCUUAAUCAUAUGAUGAACAUUGGAACACAAGCCUUGGAUUUGGGAGCAAUUACUCCAUUUUUCUGGCUUUUUGAAGAAAGAGAAAAAUUAUGUGAAUUCUAUGAGAGAGUAUCUGGAGCUCGUAUGCAUGCAGCUUAUGUAAGACCCGGCGGAGUUUCUCAAGACAUACCCAUGGGGCUAAUGGACGAUAUCUAUCAGUGGGCUCAACAAUUUCCAAACCGAAUUGAUGAAAUCGAAGAGCUAUUAACUGGAAGUGAAAUUUUCCGAGCUCGAACCAUAGAUAUUGGUGUAAUUUCAGCAGCUGAUGCAUUAAAUUGUGGCUUCAGUGGAGUAAUGGUGAGAGGAAGUGGCAUCAAAUGGGAUCUCAGGAAAACUCAACCAUACGACGAUUACCAAGACUUUGAAUUCAAUGUUCCUGUCGGUAUAAAAGGUGAUUGUUAUGAUCGUUAUCUUUGUCGAAUGAAUGAAAUGAGAGAAUCUGUUCGAAUUAUCGAACAAUGUUUGAAUAAAAUGCCCGGUGGUCCUGUUAGAGCAGAAGAUAAUAAAGUAGUUAAUCCAUCGAGAUCAGAAAUGAAAUCAUCAAUGGAAUCUUUAAUCCACCAUUUCAAACUUUUCACUGAGGGAUAUCAAGUUCCAGCUGGGUCAACCUACACUGCAGUCGAAGCACCAAAAGGUGAAUUCGGUCUCUAUCUAGUGUCCGAUGGGACAAGUCGCCCUUACAGAUGUAAAAUUAAGGCUCCUGGUUUCGCCCAUUUAGCAGCAAUGGACAAGAUUUGCAAAGGUUCAUACCUUGCCGAUGUAGUGGCCGUUAUUGGUACAUUAGAUAUCGUCUUUGGUGAAAUCGAUCGGUAAACAUAUGAUCCAGAAAACAACAGAAAACUAUCCCUUUAAUUGUAAAUCUUAUCCCACCCACACUCUGGAAAUUGAAAUGAGUUGACAAUACAAAAUCUAACAGGAACUCCCAAAGGCUAUAGUGAAUUUCAUUGUUGAGUAAUAAAAUAAGCUCCAUAUUGUACAGUCUGAAUAAAAAAAAGUAAUUCCAUCAA